AUGGCAGACCUCAAACCGGUGCACUUCUUCGAUCUCUACUCCGAUCAACAAGGCAGCUCGAAGUCAUGGUCCCCCAAUACUCUGAGAACCCGAGCCGUGCUCAACUUCAAAGGAAUACCCUACACACAAAGCUGGCACUCCUACACUGACAUCAAACCCCUUAUGACCGGGCUAGGCGUAUCGCCCCGCGAACAAGGCAGACCAUACACGCUACCAGCGAUCCUACACUCCACAGUAGUGUCAAGUCCUAGCGGAGCGAUGAUGGACUCCCUCGCUAUCGCUCUUCAUCUCGACAAAUUAUAUCCAUCCCCGCCACUCUUCCCAUCCGGCGACGCGAGCUACGCACUACUUAUCGCGGUCGUCAAUGUUAUAACACGUCUGGAGCCUGGAUUCCGGCCUUUAAUUAUACCUCUUGUACCUGAUCAUUUGGAUCCACCGGGACGGAAGUAUUUUCAUGAGACGCGGACUGUGGCAUUUGGGAAGCCCUUGUCCGAGGUGCGGCCGACGGAUAAGGAGACUCUUGAUGGGAUGUGGGAAUUAGUUGAGGCUGAGUCUGCGGUGUUGGUUCACAUGUUGAAGGGGAGGAAGGGGAAGAAGGGUCCGUUCUUUGAGGGUGAAAGGGCUGGGUAUGCAGAUUUGGUGUAUACUUGUCAACUUGCAACUAUUGAGCGCUUUGAUAAGGAGCUUUUUGGGAAGUUUAUGGGCUUGGGGAAUGGUGAGUUCAGGGCUCUGUAUGAUGCUUGUUUGCCUUGGUUGGAGGGUCAGGGAGAGGAUAGGGAGUGGCCUAUCUCUAUGACUACUUCAUCCUAA